ACGUGGCUCUCCCAGAGGCCCUCGUCCAGCCAUUCCUGCUUCUGGCUCCUUGGGCCUUUCCAGAGAGCAGGGAGGAGGCCGAAGGGGGCUCGGGCUGCUAGAGGGGACUUCUGGGCCUGCAGCAGCUAGGCUCCAAGUGCAUGCUGCGCUCUGGUUUCCAUCUGCCCCGGGUCCGAGGGAGGAGCCUGGAGGGCAGGGCUGGCUGCUGGAAGCUUCAGAAACUUGGAACAGGAGGGACUUGCCAGCUGGACCCCAGCAGAUCUGGGGCCUUCGCCAAACUGAAAGCCGUGGUGUGCCAGACCAGGCCAGAUCCCCGUUCCCCGGCAGCCGGGCCAAACUUGGAGAGCCGUGGAGGGAGAGGCAGGGCACCGAGGCCAUCCAGGAAAGGUUCCAGGAUUUAUAGAAGGUGUGUCACAAACGCCACGGUGCAUCCAGAACUGGCCUUAUCACCUUCCUCCCAAGCCGCUCAUCCAUCCAUCCUCUUCCUCUCCCAAUGUCAGCUCACACUGUCACCGAGGACAGUUGCCCAAGACAGAGACUUCCGAGUCACCGUUGACACCUUUCUUUCUCUUACCUGGACAGUCUCCGGGUCUGUUCCUCCAGGGCCCAGCAGAAACUUUUUCUCAUGCCAAGUUCAUCCAGAUGUCCCCCCAUCAGCCUCCAAGUAUAACAGCCCGCCGAGGCCCCUCUGUGCUUUAAGACUGCGUGAGAAGUUGGCGCCCCCAUCCCAUCCCACUGUGACGGGAUUCAUGGUUCGUCUCCUGGUCCAGCAAAGCUAACGCUGCAAAGUGAAUUGACCAAAACUUAGUAGCUUAAGACAAAAUCACUUCAUUAUUUUUUUUUCUCCCAGCUUUGUGGGUCUACUGGACCCAAAGAGGGAUUCUCUCUCAGGUUUUUUUGUGGGGUUGCAGUCAUGGUGAAUGGAGGCGGGGCGAUCUAGAGGCUUCCUCGUGCACAUGUCUGGCAGUUGACACCGGUUGUCAGCUGGAAUCUCAGUUGGGACCGGUUGGCCAGAACACCUACGCUCGGCCUUUCAACGUGCCCUGGGCACAGCCUGGCAGCUGGAUUCCAAGAAUAAGUGUCUCU